AUGGCCGGGCACAGGUCCAAUUGUAUCGCUCAGGCGAUGCAAUUGCUUCGGCUGUCAUCAUCCACCUCCCGAGUCUCCGCCUCCCGUGCCCCCUCACACCUCCGACACCCCCGAACCCAAACCCGCACUUAUGCAACAACAGAGGAGGCAGUAUCUCCAGCAGCACCGGAGAUCGACUUCUCAACCUUUAACAACCGAUCACCCGCUCGAAUUGUCCCUGCCUCUCCGGCCUAUUUCUCGGGCAGCCCCCGCUUCAUCGACCACGUCCUAAAGCUCGAGAAGCUGCAAACGAAAUACUCCGGGCUCCCGACCAUGGAAGCCAGCGAAGCCCCGCGAAUGGCAUGGUUCAAACUCGCCCAGUUCCGCGAUUUCGUAGGCGAGCCCGUACCCACAAAGAAAUACAAGAGCCUAGUCAAGAUCCUACAACGGCUCAACCGCAUCCAGCCAGCCGUCGUUCCCGCCGAGGUGCGGUCCACGCUGGAGUCCUUCCUACGGCCCGGAAACCCAUACGCGCAGCAACUGGCGCCUCCGACGGUGGACGAGAGCGGGCGCGCGCGCGGGAGAGGCAAGCGCAAGGAAUCCUCGGCCGUGGUGCAUCUCGUCGAGGGCGAGGGCGAGAUCCUCGUUAACGGCAGGUCGCUGGUCGACGUGUUCAAGCGCGUGCAUGACCGCGAGAGCGCGCUGUGGGCGCUGCGCUGUACGCAGCGUCUGGAUAAGUAUAAUGCGUGGAUCAAUGUGCGUGGCGGCGGUGUGACGGGUCAGGCGGAGGCUAUUACGCUGGCUACGGCGCGGGCGUUGCUGGUGCAUGAGCCGGCUCUGAAGCCGGUUUUGAGAAAGGCUGGUGUGAUCUCCGUCGAUGCCCGUCGCGUCGAGAGGAAGAAGCCUGGUCACGUCAAGGCCCGGAAAAUGCCCACCUGGGUCAAGCGGUGA